UUAGCUAGUUCAAGCAGUUGCAGCCUAGGUAUAGGGUUGUUCUUCACCUGUAGUGAUCAACAGUGACAGUUCAUCAGGAUGGCUGCAGAGCCUGGCCGAGUACUGAAACCUGUCAACAGUUCUAGUGGUCCAGAUCUCACUGCUGCAGUCAAACCAAGUACAAGUGGUGGAGCCAAGACCAAGGAGAAAACUCAAACUACAUCUGUGACGGAAGCAGCAAGGAAAAAAUGGACUUUGGAAGACUUUGAUAUAGGAAGACCAUUGGGUAAAGGAAAGUUUGGGAAUGUAUAUCUGGCCAGAGAGAAAUCGACUAAAUAUGUUGUUGCACUUAAGGUGCUAUUUAAGUCACAAUUACAGAAAGCUGGUGUUGAGCAUCAGCUUCGACGAGAGAUAGAAAUACAGUCCCAUCUGAGACAUCCAAACAUCUUGAGGUUGUUUGGAUAUUUCCAUGACAAAUCCCGUGUUUAUCUCAUCCUGGAGUAUGCACCUAAAGGAGAGCUUUACAAGGAGCUGAUGAAGGACAAAAGAUUUGAUGAGAAGAGAACAGUUAAUUAUAUAAACCAGUUGGCCAGCGCCUUGCAGUAUUGCCACAGUAAAAAGGUCAUCCACAGAGACAUCAAACCAGAAAACCUCCUUCUCGGUCAUACAGGGGACCUCAAAAUUGCUGACUUUGGCUGGUCAGUCCAUGCACCAUCAUCCAGGAGGACCACAUUGUGUGGCACAUUAGAUUACCUACCACCAGAAAUGAUUGAGGGCAAACUUCACGACGAAAAGGUGGAUCUGUGGAGCCUUGGUGUGCUAUGUUACGAGUUCCUUGUGGGAAAGCCUCCAUUUGAGGCAGAGACGAAUUCUGACACAUACAGACGGAUAACGAAAGUUGAUCUUCAGUUCCCACCAUAUGUAUCUUCUCCAGCUAAAAAUCUUAUCACAAAUCUGCUGAAACGUGAUCCAAAUCAGCGGAUUACUUUAGACAAAGUGCUGGAACAUCCCUGGAUCAAAGACAAUUUACAUCCUGUAACAUCCUAGUCUAUAAUUCUUUCUCUAAAGCAUUUUUGUGAUCGUCAGGACAACAUGUCUGUAUUCUCAGGAUAGACAUGUCUUUAUUUUCAAGAAGUGGAGGUUACCUGUGUAACUUAUGCAACGGAAAUUCCAGGUUUUGGAUGUUGAAGGAGAUUAUUGAUGUAUCUUGUGGAAGUGGUAUGGAUCACAAAGACAUCCUUGACACCGUGGGAGAGAGGAGACGUUGUAUAUUGUGAUAAUUUAUUGACUUUAGAUACCAUUUACUCAGGAAUUUCUGCUCCUGAUGCCAGCCACAUGUUUUUUCUGCUCUUUACCUUUUACAUUUUGGUGGUUGAUAUCUUUACUCAAAAGAAUUUUUUGAAAUAAUUCUUAUCACGAAAUACUGCACUGUUAUCAAGAUACUCAAAAGGUGUGAAUAUUUUUAGUAGUUAAAGAGUGUUUUUUAAUAAGGGAUGAUGAAUACGUUUUUGUGGAUAUAUAUCAAAAUCAUUUGAUGCCAGAAGUGUAACAUUUAAAGGGAAAUGCUAAAUUUAACAGUCCUUGUCUAAUAUAGCAAUCUAUUGGUUUUAAAAACACUGGAUCAGUUUGGCUGAAGAAAAAUGUUUCUUUCAUGAAAUGUACAUUGACCUCAAUUCUUUUGAUAUGUUGUGAAAUGUUUGAUAGAAAUUAUGAGAAUCACAUAAUUUGUUUUGUGUGGCCUAUAGGUUAAACUAAUGACAGGAACACGUGACAUUUUAUUGAUUGCAGUGCUAUUUAUUGUCUCUAGUUGGAUUUGAUGUGUAUCCACAAGUUAAGUCGUUUCAUAGGGAAAAAAAUCUUGUCAUUAUUAUAUCUUCAUUUUAUGAUAUGAUUAGUGAGGUCAAAAUCAAUGCAAACCGGUCGUUUUUAAAGUGGACUAGCAGGGAUGUCUUAAUAGUGCAUCAUAAAAUACAGUCAUUAAGGGAUUGAACAAAAAUUAUCUUAAUAUUUGAGAUACCCUUUAGGGAGGUUUCAUUGCAUGAAACUCUUCAUUUACAAUUACUUUCAUUGAGCAGGGAUCUUCCACUGUCAAGCUAACAGGAGAGUUAUUUGUGGAGUUUUGCUAAUCCCACAAAGUCAUUCCUUAAACAUGUCUUUGAUCAGAUGUUUGGUUUUGUUUUGGUUAUUAAAUGAUGAAUGCACAUAAAAUCAGAUCAAGUACAUGUUUAAUCAUUCAUCAAAAAUGGAAUCAAAUAUGUCACAGGUGUUGCUUACAUAGUCAUUUAAUUGAAAGUCUUAUAUCACCAUUUUAACCUUAUGUAUGUUCUCUUCAAAUUGAUGUAAUGAUGAUGUCUUGCUGUUUGUCUAUUCUGGUUUUUACCAGUGAGUGUCUGUACCAAGCUCUUGUGCGAGACAUUUAAUUUCAGGCAUAAUACGCAAAAAAAAUGUCAAGGUGUGAACUUGAAGCAUAAUCGUACUCGUUUUGUAUAGAUUUACUGUAUUUUAACUGGUUAUUUAGAAAUCAUCAAUCUGAUACAAACUUCUGUAAAUAAAUAUAAACAAAACUGUAUGUGUGAUGACUUCAACGACAGCAGAAUAAAGGUUGGUAAAAAUAGACUAAGGUACACAUUUGUGUAUCUACUUACGGUAAUUAAACAGGCGAUGACAUAUUGGCAACACAUCUCGGUAAUGAAAAGUUGAAUAGCCUUUUCAGAUUAGAAAAAACAAAACAAAUGAUUGUUUUCAUGCCAAAUUUUAAAAAGAUUUAUACGAAUAUUGCUAUUGAGUUAUGUAAAACAUUUGUAUGUGUUUAACUCUUUUAAAAUAUAUAUACCCACUGGUGAUGACCCCUUGAUACUGAAGGGACCAAAAUACCUGCUUCUUCUAUUUAAACUUUCCUGAAGUCUUUCCUCUCUACUUAUUCUGACAAGGAUUAUUGAAGACAUGUAGGUACCAGUAUGUUUAUUGAAUAGAAUUAUCAAAUGAAAUAACUUACGAUUGUUUAACAAAUUAACAAAUAAUAAGAAUGCUGUUUUGAUUGUGAUUGGGUGGCACAGUUAUAAUGUAUGUGCCUUCUCGUGUCAGGUGAUCAGAGUUGGUGAUCCUCAGGGAUCAGAAAUGUAGAUUAGGCCACCUGCCCGAGCAUGUCGUUCCCUAUGAUAAAUAAGACCUGUACUUCCAUCUGAGCUAACAAGAUUGAUCGACGUACAUUUGUAAUAUAAUUUAAAUGUUUAGCAAAAAUUCAGUAUAAAAAUAGGGUUAUUAAACUUUUUUCUGCGGUCUUCUUUUAACCAACACCACUAAGUCAGCAAAGCAUUUGCAUUGAUAUAAAAUAUUACAAGUUUCCCAAAGAGCAGUCUUGAAUUAAAGAAAAUUACAAAUUUGGGGGCACUGAAUUGUUUGGAUAUAGUUUGCAGUGCUAGAAGUUGCUUAUUGCCAAAGAUAUAUUCCAUGCCUGUCUAGGAAGUUGAUAUAUACACCAGUAUUUCUUAUUAUUCAUUUCAUGAUUGUAUUACACAGCAUGCCUAUGAUCUCUCAUUGAACUGUCCAGAACUUAUUGUCAGUGUAAAACAUAUCUGUGUGCCUGUUCUUUGUGUGGGUUUUUUUUUUCUUUUUUCCAUUUUCAGAUGAAAUCUUUUCGAAAGGAAAUUCAUGUGUAUUAGAUGACAUUUUUUUCUGUGAAAUUAAUUAUGUGUUCUCCUACUUUGCAAAAGCUGUUGAUGCCAAAAUUAAACAUUCUCUUACCCAACAAGUAAAACUACAAAUUUUAGAGGCCAUUUGCUAUUCUUAGUUCAUCAUGAAUGUAACAUUGUGUGAGUAAUAUAUGAGUAUAAAUGACGUAUUUCUCUUGGUAAGUUGAUGUUAUGUAUGACAAAUAAAAUGAUGUAAUGUGAUAUUGAUACACAUGCAUAUUUCUAUUAUGUAAAUAA